UUACGGCUCAACGCGCGUUAAGCCUAACACGUGACGCUAGUUCAUCAUGGAGUGUCUUCUCGGUGUCUGCUGCCGUGAUUUCGUAGUUCUAGCUGCCGAUUGCAAUGCUGGCAGAAGCAUUUUUGUGAUGAAACAAGACCAAGACAAGCUGUUCAAGUUAGACGAUAGGCUGGCUGUGGUGGUUGCUGGAGAGUCAGGAGAUACGACGCCGUUUGGAGAAUUUAUUGAGAAGAACGUUCAGCUUUACAAAAUCAGACAUGGAUAUUCUCUGAGUACACAUUCAGCUGCAAGCUUUGUAAGGAAGCAAUUGGCUGAUUGUCUAAGACGAAGCCCAUACUUUGUAAACAUGUUAAUUGGUGGUCACGAUGGAUAUGAUGGUGGAGCAGCUCUAUAUUUCAUGGAUUAUCUAGCAACAAUGGCAAAGGUUCCAUUUGGUGCACAUGGUUAUGGCUCCUACUUGUCGCUCAGCAUCCUGGACAAAUAUUACAGAGAAGAUCUUACUGAACAAGAAGCUAUUGAACUGCUUGGGAAAUGUAUUGCAGAGAUUCAGAAGCGUUUGGUAUUGAACAUGCCUAACUUCAAGUUCCAUGUCAUUGACAAAGAUGGGGUUCGAGUUGUCAGAGACACAGCCGUAGAAAUGGAAUCAUAGGAACAAAACGUACUCACAAGAUAGUCCACACAUGAUUCUACAAGUUACCAAUAUUUAGAAUCUACAUGUUGCUUACAUACAACACAA